AAAACACAAAGUGUUGUAACAAACGGCAAAUAUACAAAUAAAAUAAAAACAGUUUGUUUGAUAGAAUUUUCUUGUUUGUUUUAAAGGGCCGGAAUAGAUCGGCUAUCAGCCGUCCACUGCUUCCUGGCGGUGCGCCGUCAGUGGACUCCGCCUGAGCUGGGCGGGGCUCGCUUCAGGGAACUCGCCACAAAUGCCGCGCAACAUCUCGCCAACAACCAGGACCUCGAUGGAGCAGUGCAUCUCUUGCAACAUGCUGGUUACAACGCGACAGAAGAGUUGAAAAAUAUCUGUCUGACAACACUGAAUGCAGGCUUGAGAGAGUUCUUGAUAAAAAACGUGGAAGACAUCCUAGAUGAUGAAGAGGAAGAGAACUAUAUGUUUUUAUCUCUAGUCCUGGAUGUUAUGAUACCGUAUGAGGCACAAUUUUCAUCUGAUGCAGGGGAGGAAGUUCCGAAAAAUUUCAGCUUGACAAUCGCGAAUGCGAAAUCAUUGAGCCAGGAGCAGAAGGCAAUUAUUCUCACUGGACUUUACUUCAAGACAUGGGAUGCUCUACUAUUGGACAAGUUGGACGCUAGUACUUGUUGGAAGUAUCUGGUUGGGACCAACCGUUUGGAUCUGUUGAAACUGUGGAUUAAAAAGGACGGGAAUGAGUCGACCAGUUGUCCCAAUUGGCCUGGUGAGCAAUUCGACCAGUGGCCCAUAACUCAACAAAUGGUCGACUGGAUUCCCGAGGCUGAUAACUGUUUGGAGAGCACACGGCAGAUUCUACUGGAUUGGCUUGCCUGGUGGGUACAAUUUAUUAUUGAAGGAGCAACUGACAAAUCAUGGCUGCAGCUGUGGAAAACGUUUACGAAAGUUAAUGAAAGUGACUGGCAGCAGGAGUUUGUUCUAGAGCUGGUUGUAAAAACCGCCUCUUUCAUCUCUAAUGGAAACAUGGACGCCUAUCUGCUCAGUCAUCCCUUUGUAGCGCUGGCAAUCGCCAUUCUUCAGAAUAAGUCGCUGGUUGACAUUGAAGAUGCACUUUCAAUAUCGCCGCUGUUGGCGGUGGGAGUACAGUCACGUGACGAGGUCGAUUGCAAGAAGCAGACCUCGCUGUACGCUCUGUUGUCGGGGACCACUGCAUUCCAAACCGACAACCUGUUUCAGUGGCAGCGGAAAAGAUUGACACAACCGGAGAGCGAUUCGCCGUUCCCCCAUUUUGGCUGCAGUGAGUUGAGCGCCAAAUUCGGUCACAAGCAGACGGUGCAGUAUGUCGAUUAUCUGCACAAUGCUCGACCCAGUUUCGCGUUUCUGCAAUUCUUCCAGGAGAACAGUCGAGCUCACGGCAAAAUUCCUGUCCGAAUGCAAAAGAGAGGCGCAAACGUGGCUCAUGGCCUGGCGCUUCGCUGUGCGUUGGAGAGAGACAGAGAUGUGCCGAGCGCCUGUGUGGCGUUCAUAGAAAUGCUAACAAGGAGCAGUUUGCCGUUGCGCGUCCAUCUGGCCGCCAUCAACGCCAUCCGCCACUCUGAUGACGUCAGUCACACGCAGUUGACGACGACAAUCGAAGGCCUAGUCUCCAACAACCCAAGUCACGCGGCCUCUCUUCUACAAAUGCUGGAAACCGCCAUCCACACCCAGCUGACAGAUCUGAUGACGUCAUCAGAAGACAUCACAACCUCGGCUGGUGACGCCACAACCUCUGCUGGUGACGUCACAACCAUAGCUAGUGACGUGACAGCCUGCCUCAAGCUUUGGCAUUUGCCUGUGAGGCUGUCACGCCAACACAAUCUGCCUCUGCCGUUGUCACUCCCCAAAAUGGCUGCCAACCAAAAUCGGUGGCUGCUCUUCGUACUCUGUGCGUGCAUUUUCGAGUAUCCCAGACCACAGACGAUGCAAGUGUUGGCAAAGUUCGCUUCUGCGCCACUCAGGGAGCAUUUGCAGUAUGCUUUGCGGUUUGAGGUCGGUGAUGAGGGGCAUGUGGUGAAGGGAAAGUUGAGAAAUGAGAGGGAAAAAGGGAAGAAUGAGGGGGAAAAUUUGAGAAAUGUGAAGAUCGAGGGAGAAGAGUUUGAAUCUGAGGACCGCAUGUUGAAAAGUGACAGUGAGGGGAAUGUGAGGGGAAAAUUGAGAAAUGAGCGGGGAAAAUUGGGAAAUGAGAGAGAAAAGUUUGAUAUUGAAGGUCGCCUGUUGAAAAGUGAGACACUGGAAAACAAGGAGGAUACGUUAGAUGGUGAGGCUAAUAUAAUGGUUAGAAAUGAGAAGGAAAGUUUUGCUUCAGAGGUUAAUAAGGUUAGGAAUGAUAGGGAGACGUUUGAAGCUACAAGAAAUGGAAGAGAAAAAAUGAAAAAAGAGGGGGAUAAGAUUGAUAUGAUGAAAAGUGAGAGGGAGAAGUAUGAAGCCUUAAGAAAUGAGAAGGGAAAGAUGAAAGAAAGGGGUGAAAAUUUUGAUGUUUUGGAAAGUGAGAGGGGAAUGUUUGAAGCUGAAGAUACCAACACUUCCCUAUUCGUACAGGUUGCAAGACACGGCACCAACCUCACCAAUCUCCUGACCCAAACCCGGAAACUCGAAAGCCCCGGUCUAGCCUUGUUAUCAUCCAUCCUAGAACCCUCCAACGUGGUGGCUUCCUUCUGUGAAUGGCUGGUGGCCAGUCUCCCCCCAAACCUGUCUUUCCCCUACCCUACCUCUCCCCUAGACUGGACCCCCACAGACGUUGCCAACCUGCUGAAUCAUGCGGUUUCCCUGUCUUUCAUCAACACACUGCAGCACGGGUUUGAAAUCUUCCUCAAGGAUCAUCCUCUAGCUCUUGUGGCCGAGUUUCUGGUGGAUAGUGUGGUUCACAGAGAGUUCGAGAAGUGUGUUCAGGAUUUGGAAAGGUUUAAAGAGCGGGUGAAGGGGUUGGGGGGUGGUGAAAGUAAACAUGUUUUAAGGGGUGGUGAAAGUGGAAAUGUUUUGGAGGAUGUUGGAAAUGAGCAUGUUUUAGGGGGUGGAAAUGUUUUGGAGGAUAUUGACUGGGUAGUCACCACCGCUGUUAGGUUAUGUACGACUGCGUUGAUCCGCUGUUUCCCGUCCUUCUCUCAACAACACACAUUUCUGAAGACCAUCUGCAAGGCUGAGCUACAAGACAACCUUCCCCUGCCUCACACUUCCCAGACAGACUUCCGUCUGCUCCUAGCUCUCACCGAGUACAUGCUGCAGGAAGGCUUGACCUUGGACUACACAGUGAUCUAUGACGAGCGCAGCGGUCGACUCGAUUUUGAAAAACAGCUGAAACAGCUGAUCGAAGCAAGACGGUUCGCAGUGGCGCACAGCUUCGCGACCAUCGGCGCUCUCUCUCACGCGCGCAUCCUGCUAGUGGAGUGGAGAGAGAGGGCGAAAACUAAGAUGACGGACGAGUUUUGGAGCGGGUGCGACGCGGCGUUUUUGGCGGGAAACUUGGCGCCCGAGGAGGCGGUGCGGUUCUAUUUGGAGCUGAAUGAGGGCGCGAGGUCGCAGGAGGAACGUUACAAAUUAUUGAAGUAUGCUUUGAAAUGGGUAAAGAAGCUUUAUUUGAGCAGUACAGAGACCAACACACAAGAACUGGAAAUACUUCUCAAGCUGUACCAUCUCUACUUGGAGGACAAUUUCAAUUUUAAGUUGAUUCUCGACGACGUGUCAUUCAAGCCGCUGAAAUCGGCGAAAAGUGGUCUGAUAGAUGACGUCACAGUGCAAUGGCUGCGAAUGCGUAGACCAGUGAAGCAGUUGAGUGAUGUGCGCAUGCGCAGACUGGAUGCACUUAUUGGCAAACUGUUGGAUGUCGGUGACCUGGCAACAGUCUGCUAUCUGGAGACGCUGUAUGCUCACAAAAACAAGGACUCGCUCCUGAUCGACGGAUGCCUAGGAUUGGCCGAAGGAGAUUUCACGACCGAUUCUCUGCCACAAGCGUACGCCGAACUUCUCACGAACAUUUCCACAUCUCAUAGCGUGCAUGGGCUGCGCACCUCCAACUACCGGCAUAUAAAAUCGACGAGUCUCUCCCUGAGCUGUUACAGUUUCCAGGACUUGGAAGAGAUGACUGAAGUGGAGGACUUGAACGAGACAAUUGACACGGUGUGCAAGCUGAGUGAGCAGGUGACGCAUGGCUCAAGGAUCACCCAGUAUAUCACGGCUGCUCUCAGGGUGGCAGAGGCUUAUCAUCUCACCUAUAAGGUCGAAUCGACGAGUCUCUCCCUGAGCUGUUACAGUUUCCAGGACUUGGAAGAGAUGACUGAAGUGGAGGACUUGAACGAGACAAUUGACACGGUGUGCAAGCUGAGUGAGCAGGUGACGCAUGGCUCAAGGAUCACCCAGUAUAUCACGGCUGCUCUCAGGGUGGCAGAGGCUUAUCAUCUCACCUAUAAGGAAGUGAUCUCACUGGAACAGCCACUCUCGCUGCUCUCGGGCGGCCAGGGCUGCCAACAGCUGCAGCUGGCACGCGACCUGCUCACGUUGGCAGCACUGGACGACGCCGCUGUGUGUGUGCUGGUGUGCCAGCAGCUGGUCGCCUCGGUUGCAGCCGACUGCUGUGAUCAGCUGUUUGGCUGCAAUCAGCUGACCGAUGUACUGCAGCUGUGCAGUGUGCAACAGCUGCCGCAGCUGGGGAGGCUGUUGUUGAAGGCGGCUGCUCUGAGGAGGCCACCGGGUGAUGGCGGCGGGAAGGUGGCAGACUGUAGCCGUCAGACGGUAGAAUUGCUGAUAUUGGCACAUAGCUGUUUCACAAAAGCCUGUAACAUGGAGGGGAUUUCGCUAGUUCUCAACAUGUGUCGGAAGGUGGUCGAUGCUCUAGAGACGGCCGGAAAAUGGCAACUGAUGGUGAGACUAAUGACAGGAGUUGGGCGAUACACAGAGAUGCGUUAUGUCUUUCACAUACUCAAGGAGAACGACCAGUUUGAAUGCAUUCUCUCCAAUACACUGGGCAAGUUUGACGGGCUGAAAUCGGCUACACUGGACUUUGCUCGAGGCUGUAGCAGUGACGACAAUAGCCAAGGCCUGUUCACACUGGUCGCGUUGCACUUCGGCAUGUACGCCGACCUGGCCGCCAUGUUUCACGAGUCGGCCGCAGCCGCGCUCCACUCGCUCAAGUACGCCUCGCCACCACCCGACAGGUCGCGCUUAGUGCGUAGUGAGCACAAUGAAAGAUGUCUGCAAUCGGCCAUUGACGAUUACUCGCACGCCGCACAGCAUUUUAUACAAGCAGAGCGCAUUGGUCGCGCAACGCGCACUGUGGCCAGGGCGGAGCUGGUCGCCCUGCAGCUCUCCCACCUGCGAGCGGUGCCGAUGGGCUCCAGCCAGCACAACCUGUUGGAGGGGUGUGGGACUGGUGACGGGGAGGGAGGCAGACUGGCCGGUAGCUAUGAGGAGGCGUGUGUGCUGGUGAGAGGAGGAGGAGGGGUCGAGUGGUGUGACGUCAUCUAUGCCAAUGUGAUAGAGCGAGGCAGUCAGUCGUUCAUGCAUGCUUUCAUGCAGCAUCACUCUCUCACACCUAAACUGGUGUAUCAGGUGGCCACCAGAUUCCAGCUGGACAAGAUGGCGACCGCAGCUAUGGAGAAGAACAUGAAACAGUUUGUGCAGCUGAUCGCGCUGUCUGACCUCAAGUACAGAGUGUGCAGUCAGCUGGGUUUCAAGGACGUUCUUAGCAGUCAGCUGACUGGCUCCGAUCAUCUGCCCUAUCUCAAGGACACCGUCUGGCGACAGGGCUUCAAGGCCGCUCAUCAUCACUAGAAUAGGUAGGGAUGGGUAUCGAACUUGAAAACAUCGAUAUGUGAUUAAUCGAUACAUCGAUUCACAAUCACUAGAAUAGGUAGGGAUGGGUAUCGAACUUGAAAACAUCAAUAUGGGGUAAUUGAUACAUCGAUUCACAACCAUUAGAUCACUGGAAUAGGUAGGGAUGGGUAUCAAACUUGAAAACAUCGAUGUUAUUAAUCGAUAUAUCGAUUCACAAUCACUAGAAUAGGUAGGGAUGAGUAUCGAACUCAAAAACAUCGAUAUGUGAUUAAUCGAUACAUCGUUUUUUGUUAAUCGAUACAUAGAUUAAUCGUUAUUAAAAACAAUAUAAAAAAUGAAAUAAUCUUUUAUUUAAAACAUUUCAAGUUUAAACUUGGCCGAAACUAGUUGUUUGAAAUGUUUUAAAUAAAAUAUUAUUCAUUUUUUUAUAUUGUUUUUAAUAAAGUAGCCCAUACAGUGAAGUGAUUUUAUCGAUUAAUCGGUACAUAGAACAUCGAUUUAUCGAUCAAUCAUACUAUUUCACAAAAUGCUCACAAGCAAUACUUAUUUGAGGCAUUUUGACAAUGGCAAGAAAUGACAAAGAAUAUUCAUCAACUUAUUCUCCAAUAAACGCUUUUGGUGGAGUAUCAUAAAUGGAAACGAAAAUUAUUGUCUACAGGAAAAGUAUAUUUUCGUUGCUUUCUUGAACAUGUAUUUUUGUUUUAAAGCUGGGUUUUCGUUUGUGCGUAAAUGCCGUCGUCGACCACAACAGGGUGAGGAUCUCAGAUUGGGUAGAUUUCAAUUUGUCUAAAUAUCCUAAAAAAUAAUGUUCAAUAAGGUUUUAAUGGGGGAGAUUGAGUUCAUACUUUUAAAUAGCAAUAUAUUGAUAUUAUUAGAAAUGUUUCAUUCUUGAAUAAUAAACACAAAUAAUAAAAAGUUAUUUGA